UUGACAAGUUCAAAUUUCGUUGUUCGAUUUUAUGGAGCCUGCAAGCUAACAUCGUAGUAAUUGCCAUUUUUUCUUCCAUAAAAUCCAGAUAAGGGUCAAUAUGGCUAUCGGAGACUAUCCGAAAGAAUACAAUCCAGCGGUGCACGGACCGUACGAUCCCGCUCGUUAUUAUGGAAAAGCUGAUACUCCGCUCGCUCAGGUAAAAUUGAGUGAGCUUGGUGCAUGGUUUGGUCGCCGCAAUAAGACUCCGUCAGCUGUUACGGGAGCUAUCAGCAGAGCUUGGUGGAGGUGGCAACACAAAUAUGUACAGCCUAAAAGAGUUGGAAUGGCUCCAUUCUUCCAGUUGCUGGUUGCAAACAUGAUCUUCUUCUACUCUAUCAACUAUGGAAAAAUUAAGCACCACAGGAACUACAAAUACCACUAAUCAAAAAGAACAUACAGCAAAAUUACACUUCUCAAAUCUUAAUAUUAAAGAGUGUAAACUAAAUUAUUUAAUAGGCAUUUUUGUUCAAUAAUCAAUAAAAUAUAGUAUCAGGUAA